CCCGGAAGCAAGAAUCUUUCUAGAAACGACCCUGCAUGCAGUUCAGAGUGACGCGUAGUGUCAGAUUGAAAGCAGAGUUCACGUUCAUCAAAUCAGUAAAUACUUUAUAAACAGGUUUCAUACGAUUUCUUUCGGAUAAGGGCAGUGAUGGAUAUCAAUGAAGUGAUCAGCGGUCUUGAGAGUGAUGCUAAAGAGAUCACGAGUUUGCUGGAGAAAUGUGAACGACAGCGUGUGAAGGACGUAUUAAUACAAGAGCAGAAGAAGAUCGAGAAAGAGCUCACACACAAGAGACAGAUAAAAGAGCAACAAGCCAAAAAAGACUCUGGAGAGACGAGAGAUACAGCACUUAGGGGAUACACCGUGAAAAUUAAUAACUAUGGAUGGGACCAAUCUGACAAAUUUGUCAAAAUCUACAUCACACUAAAAGGGGUCCAUACAAUUCCAGCUGAAAAUGUUGAGACCAGUUUCACAGAGAGAGGUUUCAAUGUUCUUGUCAAAGAUCUGGAUGGAAAGAACCAUCAAAUGACAGUCAACAACCUUUUAUAUCCCAUCAUUGUAACAGAGAGCAGUAAAAAGAUUAAAACAGACAUGGUCCUUAUCAUGUGCAAGAAGAAGUCAACAAAGAAAUGGGACUGUCUGACACAAGUAGAAAAACUAUCUAAAGAGAAAGACAAACCUAAUAUGGAGGAGAAUGCUGAUCCAAGUGCGGGGCUGAUGAAUGUGCUGAAGAAGAUCUACACCGAUGGAGAUGAUGAGAUGAAGCGUACUAUCAACAAGGCCUGGGUUGAGUCUCAGGAGAAGAAGGCCAAAGGAGAUGAUUUUGACUUCUGAGUCGGUUCUCUCAUCUGCUUUAACAACGAGCACCUCAGCUCAACUGCAUUGUACAUGUUAUUCCAGUUUUUUGAAGAUUAUUUUAUGUAUUUUUUUACUUUUUGUUUUGUUAAUGAAUGAUAUGAUAAAAUGUUUCCAUUCCUGUACUUGUUUUGACAAGAAGACAUAAUUUGAUGUUGUUACAUUUGUAAUAGAGUCAACAAAUGUUCGGUUCAUUUUCAAUCUGUUGCAAUAUUGCACCUGCAAGGACUGUGUACCUUCACAAUGAAAAAUGAAAAUAAAUGGAAAAACUGAAACUAA